AUGGCGCUGGCCCCAAGCUCGCCUCGCCUGCCGAGUCCUCCUCCGCCUGCAGAAAUCCAGAUCAGUCCAAACUCGCCAUCAGGCGGAGCGCCCGCGAGCCUUCAUGCGACGCAAAUGGAGCAGUCCGUCUUGGAUGCCAACUCCAAGCGCCGCAUACAUCCAGGGACCAAGGCGGCUGAGAUGGCUGCUGGACCACCCCUAGUGCCUCUGAUCGAGCUUGAUUCAGCCUUCCAACUGCAGGAGCAUCUCGCCGCUCUGCACUACGACCACACUGCCGCAGGAACGCAAGCGAUCACUCGCGAAGCUGCCCUCCAACUCGCACAACCCCCCUCGGGCAUCGACCGCACAAUCUGGCUCUACGAACUGUGUCGAUUCCUCAUCUCCAAGUGCAAUCAGCUCAUCGUAGGCUUCCUCUUUGACACCCCUCCGUGCAGCGCGCAAACAUGUCCCGAGAUGCGAGCCUCCGAGUGGCAAUUCCUCUGCGCCGUCCACGAGCAGCCCAAGAGCUGUUGCGCCAUCGACUACUGCUGCCACACGCUCGACUGGGCCGCCAACGUCGUCUCCGACCAGAAGCUCUUCCCCAGCCGAUUCGCGGUCCUCAACGACACGCACAGCAAAAGCGCCGGUGUGAAAAACCUAGUUAACGUGUUCAGGAGACUCCACCGUAUUUUCGCCCACGCGUGGUUCCAGCACCGCAGCGUAUUCUGGUCGGUGGAAAGCCAAACCGGUCUCUAUGUCUUUUUCAAGACAGUAUGUGAUCUGUACGAUCUGCUCCCCGCUGAGAACUACAAGCUCCCACCGGAAGCUGAGGGUCUCGAGGGACCGCCUGUAGAGCCGGAAGCAGAAAAGCCGCCUCCAGCUAUACUCAAGGCCCCUUCUCAACAACGGCCCGCGGGGACAGAAGACGACAGCCUGCACCCUGGUGGUCGCACCAACACUCGAAGGCAUAUUAGAAGUAGUCCUUCGACAGGCAGUGCCGUAACAACCGUGAUAGAAGCCGAUGAAGAAGACACAGAAAACGUCUCCAAUAGGAUGCAAAGCCUUCAUAUUUCCGGGUCCCAUCCCACCGAUCAGGAACCAGAAAGCGCAGAAGUCCCAGUUAUUGUCGAGCGCUCCGUCAUGGAGCGAGCUCCAAAGUCAGAUGAAUCAUCGUCGCCGCCAGUACAAUCUACACCAGUGGAAAAGGAAACUGAGUCUGCGGACGCGGAUGAGACAGCUGUAGAACUUGAACCCACCACCAAACCUGAGGAGAAAGAGGACGAGGACGAGGACGAAGAGCCCAAUGUCGUCCCUAUCACAGCGGACGAAAGCGACCCAAAACCAACUGACACCACCACCGAAGAGCCAUCUUCAGACGACAAGCCUGAGGAACCGGAAACAAAGCCUUCGACAGAGGAGAACGCUUCUUCAGACCCAGCCGAAAGCAAGGAAGAGUCGCCGAAGAAGGAAAAUAAAUCAGAGGACGUGGCAGGAGAAUCUGGACCAGUUCCUGACCCAGAGUGA